AUGAGCGGACUUGGUGCUUCUGUACAUGGUAGAUUUCGGGUAGCAACAGAGAAGUCGGUUUGUGCUAUGCCUGAAACAGCUAUGGGACUCAUUCCUGAUGUAGGUGCUUCUUACUUUUAUUCAAGGCUUCCAGGAUUCUUCGGGGAAUAUGCUGGUCCUACUGGUGCUAGGUUAGAUGGUGCUGAAAUGCUUGCUUGUGGUCUAGCAACUCAUUUUGUACCCUCGGAGAGGUUGCCAUUUUUAGAACAAGCACUAAUUAAAGUCAAUACGAGUGAUCCAGAUGUUAUUUCUGCCAUCAUUAGUCGCUUCUCUAACAUACCAAAGCUGAAAGCAGAAAGUCCUUAUCACAAGAUGAAGAUUAUUGACCAUUGCUUCUCUCGGAGAACAAUCGAAGAAAUCAUAUCUUCUCUUGAAAAUUAUGAGGCUUUGAACAAGAAGGAUGAGUACUGGAUCUCUUCAACCAUCCAAUCGCUGAAGAAAGCAUCCCCAACAAGUCUUAAGAUUGCAUUGAGAUCACUAAGAGAGGGGAGGCUGCAAGGUGCUGGUAGUUGCCUUAUUCAAGAGUAUAGGAUAGCUUGUCAUGUGAUUAGGGGAGAAUUCAGCAAAGAUUUUUUCGAGGGAUGCAGAGCCAUACUCAUCGACAAGGAUAGAAAUCCUAAGUGGGAGCCCUCCAGAUUGGAACUAAUUACAGAUGAUGAUGUUGAUCGUUACUUCUCCAAGAUAGAUGAUGAAGAUUGGCAAGACCUAAAGCUGCCUCCAAGAUCAAACUUGCCUCCAUAUGCAAUUGCCAAACUUUAA